AUGAAAUUCGUUGAUGGUUUAAUGAUCCAUUCUGGUCAACCAGUAAAUGACUAUAUUCAACAAGCCGUACGACACGUUCAACUUAGACAAGGUGUAUUGGGAAUAAAAGUGAAAAUAAUGUUGCCGCAUGAUCCGAAAGGACAGAUGGGACCACGUUUGGCACUGCCAGAUCAGAUUCAUAUUCAAGAGCCGAUCGAAGCACCGAAACCAGCAAUGCCAUACUCGGAGCACAGGCAAGACAAGAAAGAAAUGAUGCCUCCUGUGCCCGGACAAGGACCACCAAUGACUGGAUAUUAA